AUGAUCAAGAAUGUUAUUCCUGGAGUCUAUGGAAUCCAUGGCCGGGUUUCUGGUUUUAUUGGUGAUUACCUUGGCAAGGAACUUGUUACCAUCUCCUCAGGUUCACAAACACAACUUCACAAUUUGGUCUAUGUUCCAAUCAGAGAUGGUCCAACUGUAUGGGAGAUUGGCUUCCCAGAUCGAACAGCUAUUGAUUACUAUGUUCCUGAUGUGAGUCCGAUGUAUGUCAACAAGUUAUUUCUUAACAGCCCCGAGAAGUACAAGCAAUAUGGGUUGUGGGACAGAUACACGAACAUGCACCCUGAUCAUGAUCAAGCUUUUACUGUGGGCAUCUAUGAUCCGAAGAAAGACUGGUUCUUUGCUCAAGUGGACAGGAGGGGUGCAAACAAGUAUCUCCCUUCAACAUGGAAAAUUAAGUUUAAUCUUAGUUCAGGUACCAGAGGAACUUACACGCUGAGGUUGGCUGUCGCAUCAGCAACCGGCUCUGAUCUUCAGACCAUGGUUUUCCAGGUGUUGAAUUUAGGGACAGAUAACACUGUAUGUCGACAUGGAGUGCAUGGACUCUACCGGCUUUUUAACGUUGACAUAACGUCAUCAUUGUUGAUGGAGGGAGACAAUUCCAUACUGCUCACUCAAGCGAGGGGUGGAGAUGCACUUUGUGGAAUCAUAUAUGAUUGUAUAAGGCUAGAAGCUCCAGAAACCUCAAAAAUGAGCAAUUUCAAUAGCGGAGCAUCAGAUUUUGAUGCAAACUUCAUCGAAAUAAAUAUUGAUCAAGAAUGA